AACGUUCCAGGCUUGGUAUACGUAGACGAUGUGAGCUUAUUGUAGCGUUUGUGCGUAGCGUAGGUAAGUCUGUGUUCUCCAGCUACUGUUCUCUUGGGUUACCAUUUCUUUCCACGAUAAGAACGGCAUCCAGGCGUUCACAGCCUGCGCUUAAUAGGACCAUAUGUGAAUCACGCAGGAGAUUACGCCUCACGCGAACUAUGCAUUUCCACCGUCACGGCGCGGAGGGAGAUGAAGCGUCGACGAGCGACGGUGAGCCGGAGGUCCCAGCGGCAGCCAACCUCAAGGACCGAAUAGCCCAUUUUACUUGGCCAUGGUUCGCCUGCACCAUGUCGACCGGCGCAAUCGCCGUGGUGCUAUCGCAGACACCCAACCGUUUCCCCGGCCUACAGACCAUCGGCAAAGUCUUCUUCAUUCUCGACCUAGUGCUACUCGUGCUCUUCACCGCGGCGAUGGCUGUGCGGUUCGUGCUAGCUCCACGCCGACUCCUGCUCUCCCUCCAACACCCAGUCGAGGGCCUCUUUUUCGGGGCCUACUUCGUCUCGAUCGCGCUCCUGAUCAACUGCACACAGGCUUAUGGCGUGUCGAGCGUAGGACCUUGGCUGAUUGAGGCUCUGGGGAUCAUCUUCUGGCUCUACUGCGCCGUCGUGCUGUUGGUUGCGGUCGUUCAGUACUACAAUCUAUUCCAGCAGCUCAAGGUCGAGGAGGCAAUGCCGGCCUGGAUCUUUCCUGUCUACCCUUUGUUGGUAGUGGGACCGAUGGCGGGCACACUGAUUCCGAGUCAGCCGCAGUCUUCCGCGUAUCCGAUGUGGGUGGGUGCGGUGAUGCUUCAAGGACUUGCGUGGACGGUCGCGCUAGUGAUGUAUACGAUAUACACGCAACGACUGAUGACUUGCAAGUUACCGGCUCCGCCUACAAGGCCGGGAAUGUACGUGAGCGUGGGACCCGCUGGCUACACAGCAGCCGGCUUAAUCUCACUCGGCCAACGCGCACCCAGUGUCCUCCCUAACAACGUCUUCAACACCUCAGGCUAUCCGGACGGCAACAUUGUCAAAGUCCUAGGCAUCUGCGCGGGGCUCUUCAUCGCGCUGUUUGCUCUGUUCUUCUUCUUCAUCAGUACCAUAACUGUGGUCACUGGGAUCAAGGAGAUGAAGUUCACGUUGAACUGGUGGGCAUUCGUGUUUCCGAACGCUGGUCUUACUCUUGCCGCAAUCCAAAUUGGUCGAGCAUUUCAAAGCCCUGGAAUCAAUGGAGUGUGCACGGCGCUGACGUUACUACUGGUAAUCAUGUGGCUGAUCACGGCGGUCGCCCAUAUUCGCGCCGUAUGGCGUGGGAACAUACUGUGGCCAGGCAUGGAUGAAGAUAAGGAUAUGCAUGCGUGGGGACGCAUGGAGAAGUGCGGCGUAUAGACGUCGUUAUGUUCUUCAGAAGUUCUCGCCAUACCCAACUUUCCUUCCUACGCC